UUUUUCUCCUUUAAAAAAAAAAAAAAAAAAAAUCAGCAACCCUAAAAAGUAAGCAAUUCAAAAACUAACAACAACAACAAAGCUAUUAAUUAACAUGGAUCAUCCAAUCUCUCAUCACACAUCAAACAAUAAUAACUCAACAUCAUUCUUCCUUUCAUCAUCUUCUUCAACUACUAAUAGUUCUACUACUCCUACUAUCACCUCUUGUUCUUCGCCCUCGAUCUCUACAUCAUUAAGUAUCCCAACCACUCCACCACCACCAAGCAGUAGCCGAUACGAGAACCAAAAGCGGCGAGACUGGACCACCUUCGGACAGUACCUGAAGAACCACCGGCCUCCCCUGGCGCUGAACCGAUGUAGCGGGGCCCACGUAUUGGAGUUUCUACGGUACUUGGAUCAGUUCGGCAAAACUAAGGUGCACAAUCAUAUGUGUCCGUUUUACGGUCACCCUAAUCCUCCUGCCCCCUGCCCGUGCCCGUUGCGUCAAGCGUGGGGAUCGCUUGACGCUUUGAUCGGACGGCUCAGAGCUGCUUACGAGGAAAACGGGGGUAAGCCCGAGAUGAACCCGUUUGGGGCCCGCGCUGUACGGCUUUACUUAAGGGAAGUUAGGGAUUCUCAGUCUAAGGCCAGAGGCAUUAGCUAUGAAAAGAAGAAGCGUAAGCGGGUCCCACAGAAUACGAGCUCGAAUAAUAACGAAUCGAUGUCGAUGAUGCCGCCGCCACUGGCGCAGCAGCCAUUGCCACCUCCAGCUGGUGCUGUUAAUAUUAUGGAUAUGGGGAUAGAGAGAGAGCAGAGUAGCACAUCCGAAGCCGAAAGAGAGGAAAAAAGAAUUGUGAUGCUGGCAUGGAGCGAUGAACGCUUGCCUUCGGAAAGACUACAAGGUGGUACUCAAUUAUAUCACACUCGUGCAGAAUUUCACUCGGUGGAUCUGAAGCACAAUAUAUUAACUCGUUCUUGCUUUCCUUCAAUUAUCAUGGCUAAGUUCUUUUCAUCUGCCAUGGUGUCAUCUUUGAAUAAAUUUAUCUACUUAGUGGGAGUGGGAGGAGCGCGAUUAUCUGUCGUCCAAUCAUCUAAUGAGUCUUCCUCUUCCAACCACACAUUCUACUCCGGCGGUUCAUGUCUUGACAUGUCUGAUGAGGCUCCAGUGUGGUGUCCAGCUCCUGUCUUCUUUGAGGAUAACACUUCUCCCAACUAUGUUAGCUUUCUUGGCAAUAUUUACAACUUUGGAUCUGUUUGCCUUGCGCCCCAGGUUCUUGAAUGUGGUGCCCUUGGCCACUGUAAGUCAAUUCGCUCUCUCCCUAUCCCUCAAAGCCUUGCUGGUUGUAGUGUGUCUGUUCCUGUACUUCCCGACCCUUCCAACAAACGCAUUCUUAUGCGCCUCUAUGGUGGUCCCCUUUCGUCGCCUUCCCUCUAUGCUUUCACUCCCGAUCCUUGUGCUGAUGCUAUUGGGACAUGGGAAUGUCUCACCUCUGAUUUCCAUCUUUGGGCUCAUGCUGCUGCUGUUGUUAAUGGGGUCAUAUAUUUUCACUGCCAUAAAGUUCCAUCUCUUCUUUGUGCUUUUCAUAUAACCAAGAAAAUAUGGUUGAAAGUCUGGUGGGAUUCGUGCUUUAAGGACAAUGUUAAUAUGAAUGCCGAAACUUUUAAUUUCGAUGCAAUGCUUCAUUUGGGCCACAAUAUUUUGUGCUUUGCUGGUUGGACACCAAUAUAUUCCCGGACUGCUGUUUUUACCAUCGAAGUCAUAUUUUACAAGUUCCAAGUGUUGGUCACCGGUGAAACUGUAACCGUCAAGGUCUGUGACUCCUACUCAUAUGAACUUCCGGGAAGUACCAAUGUGUUUCAUUUCCUCCCCAUUUAGCAGGUACUCUUCUCCAUCUAACCAUCUCUUAUUCUUGCUAUUAUUCUGUUACUUACUAUCAAGGUAUUUUACUGCCUCUUUUAAUGUGGAUUCGAUUUAUAAUGCUAAAUUUGUUCAUCAACUUAGUUGUAAGAGGCAUUGUUGGAUAAAUUUUCAUUCCCAAAAAUUUGGUUGUUUGGUAAAAAAUUUUUUUACAUAUUUGGUUAUCGAUUGUGACUCACCAGUCGGAAAUUCCUGGGUCCGCCACUGAUUAUAUGUAGAAGAUAAUCUAAUAUAUGUUACAAGUAAGAUAUAUAAGAAGAAUCUUAGUACUAGUACUAAGUUGAAUACAAUCUUAAUUCAUUAGUAAAA